CGCUCGUGGGAACCCGCCGGCUCUCGCGCGGCGCAGGGCAGAGCGCUCGCGGCGGGCGCGGAAGAUGCUCAGCUGUCCUCACGGCGGCCUCCUCCUCUUCCUCCUCCUCCUCCGAGCAGCGCAGCUCCUCCGCCCGAGGCCAGAACUCCUCAUAUCGCAGGGAGCCCAUCUCAGGUUAGAAACUGGAUAAGAUCCUGCACAGUACAGAGGUUCUUCUCUUCCUUACUGACAGUUGUUACCUCUGAGGCGUUGUGUAGCAGGCGUUUUCGCCAACCUGGAAAUUCUCUGGGCUUUAAAAGCAAGGAGGUGGAUCUGGUACGGAAGCCAUGCUUUUUCUGCUUACGGUUGUCUGUGGCUUCACUUCCUCUAGAGAUUAAUGUCUGAUGUCCCAACCUUCUUAACCUAAAAGAGCUUCCUAAACCUUCUUAGCGAGCAGGCCAGAUCUUUUGAGCCCAACCAUGGACGAUUAUGACAUCCGAUCCGCAGCCAGCAUCUUGGCUUCUGUGAAAGAACAGGAGGCUCGCUUUGAGCGGCUCACCCGGGCCCUGGAAGAAGAACGUCGGAAUGUGUCUCUGCAACUCGAGCGGGCCAACCAGCCCUCGGAUCGCAUAAAUGCCUGCAACAUCGGCAGUGGGCAGCCCUUAGCAACGGCUUGGCAGCAGCUGGUUCUGCAGGAGCAAAGUCCCAGCAACCAGACUUCCAUAGCCAUGAUGCAAGAGCCUCAAGAGAUGGUGGAGGAGACCGUGACCGUCGAAGAAGAUCCUGGCACCCCCACAUCUCAUGUUUCUAUUGUGACUUCAGAAGACGGGACCACCAGGAGGACGGAGACGAAGGUAACCAAAAUGGUCAAGACUGUCACGACUAGAACGGUGCGCCAAGUUCCCCUUGGUCCCGAUGGCCUCCCUGCGAUGGACGGGUCAUCCCCUAUGGGUAGUUACACCGACUCCAUCGACAGAAGGCAAGUCAAGAACGGCGAGCGAUACAUCACCCCUCAGGCCUCGUCCACUUUGAACCGCUCUUACAACAGCUACAACGAUUCCUAUCCCGAGGGUCACGACGGCCAGUAUCGUUCCUUCGUCAGCCACAAUGGUUACGGUGACCUGCCAGACAAUUACGGAAGCUUGUCCCGGAGUGUCAAUUACCGCCCGCAUUACGCCUACGCACCUGGGAACAAUUACCGGCCCGAGGAUGGGAGCUUCACUUUGCCAAGCAGGAGGGAUAACUAUGGACCGCUGGCCCAACCGCAGGUGCCAACGGGCAGUAAUGCGGACUUGAACCGCUCCCAGCCGGAACGGUUCCAACCUGAGCCCUACGGGCUGGAGGACGAUAACCGCAGCCUCGGAAUUGACGACGAAGGUUAUGAACUCGAUCCAGAGUACUCGACGGUGAAUCGGAGGACGUCGGCUGGGCUCCCCGAGAGAGGGAGACCCCACAAGGGAAGGAGUUACGAGGAUCCCAUCGAGAGCGAAAUCGUUGAGCGGAUCCCGUACUUGCACGGCAGCUACGCGGCGCCUUUGGCGCAGCCCGAAAGGGGCAGCAUGGCCAGCAUCGACCGCCUGGGCAAGCGCUCCCCCUCCAUUGACAGCAUCCGCAAAGACCCCCGGUGGCGCGACCCGGAUCUGCCCGAAGUCAUCGCCAUGCUCAGCCACCCCAUCGAUCCCGUGAAAUCGAACGCCGCAGCCUACCUCCAGCACCUCUGCUACGAGAAUGAUAAGAUCAAGAAGGACGUGAGGCAUCUCAAGGGCAUUCCCAUCCUGGUGGGUCUUCUGGACCAUCCUAAGCCUGAGGUCCACCGCAAAGCAUGUGGGGCCCUCCGGAACAUAUCCUAUGGGAAGGACAAUGAGAACAAAGUGGCCAUCAAGAACUGUGAUGGGAUACCGGCUUUGAUCAGGUUGUUGCGCAAGACGAGUGAUAUGGAAGUACGAGAACUCAUUACAGGAACCCUUUGGAACCUGUCAUCUUACGAACCCCUCAAAAUGGUGAUCAUUAACCAUGGCCUUCAGACGCUGACCAAUGAGGUCAUCAUCCCUCAUUCGGGGUGGGAAAACGAGCCGAACGAAGAUUCGAAACCUAGAGAUGCGGAAUGGAGUACAGUCUUCAAGAAUACGUCGGGAUGUCUGAGGAAUGUAAGUUCAGAUGGCGCUGAAGCUCGACGAAGACUCCGAGAAUGUGAAGGUUUGGUAGAUGCUCUUCUCCACGCUUUGCAGUCUGCAGUGGGGAAAAAAGAUACGGAUAACAAGUCGGUGGAAAACUGUGUCUGCAUCAUGAGGAACCUCUCCUACCACGUCCACAAAGAAGUUCCAGGCGCCGACAAAUUCCGAGAGUUAGAAAGUAACCAGCUGGGAAGUUUUGGAGGAACUCAUAAGAAAAAGAAAGACGACGCGGGCUGCUUCGGUGGGAAAAAGGCCAAAGAGGAAUGGUUCAACCAAGGAAAGAAGAACGGCGAUGUGGACCGGAACUUUGAUACACUGGAUCUACCGAAGCGAUCUGAAUCAGCAAAAGGCUUUGAGUUGCUUUACCAGCCCGAAGUCGUGCGGCUCUACCUCUCCAUUCUCACCGAAAGUCAGAAUUUCAAUACUUUGGAAGCAGCGGCCGGCGCCCUCCAGAAUCUCAGCGCAGGAAACUGGACUUGGUCCACGUACAUCCGGGCGACGGUGCGAAAGGAACGAGGACUUCCGGUCCUGGUGGAGCUCCUCCAGUCAGAUUCAGACAAGGUGGUGAGAGCGGUAUCCAUAGCCCUACGGAAUCUCUCCAUGGACCGCCGUAACAAGGAUCUCAUAGGUAGCUACGCCAUGGGGGAACUGGUAAGAAACUUGCCGAGCCGGCAACAGCGGUCUUCAAAAAACCUUGAAGAGGACACAAUAGUUGCCGUCCUGAACACCAUCCAUGAAAUUAUUACGGACAGUUCUGAAAAUGCCCGCUCCCUGAUCCAGACGCAAGGCGUUCAGAAGCUGGUGGCUAUCAGCAAAUCCAGCCAGUCCUCCAGAGAAAUGAAAGCAGCUUCUCACGUUCUUCAAAUGACCUGGAGCUACAAAGACCUAAGGAAUGUUUUGCAGAAGGAAGGCUGGAAUAAGUCUCAUUUCCAGUCUGCCUCAGCCACUGCGAAGGGAUCCAAAAGCACCUCUUGUAAAUCUGGAUAUGAUGACAGCACAUUGCCUCUGGUGGAUAAAAGUCAAGAUAACGAGAAGACCGGAAGCCGGGAUAUGAUUCCAAUGGAUGAACUUGGACCAGAUGGUUACUCUACCAUCGAUCACCGGGACAAGGAGCGGAAAUACAAAACCAACGACAACAUGGGAGACGCCUCGGAGAAAGAACCACUAAAGAAUGACACAAAUAGGAAAACGCUUAACAGGAGCAACAGGCCUUCGGUGACUUUGGUGGACACGCGAGAUUCUAAACCCCAGCCUGUUGACUCCUGGGUCUAACAUUGCAUGUAUGGGCUAAACUCCAGCUGCUUGUUUUACGAUUCUCGUUCUCCAUUGUUUCCCUCGGUUCAAAGAAGACUCUCGACACAGACACACAGACACACCCCAACACAAAACAUACAAACGCGAAAGGUUUACAAUGAACCCAUCACUGCCAUUCUGACUGCAGAAUCGGUGACACCAGCCAAAGCUGCAGACUUGAAGGUUGAGGAGAAGAGCCAUCAAAUGUCACCUGGAGGGCUCGCUCGUGCCCGGGACCGUUCUUCUGCUUUGGAAGGAAAUUUCCCCGUCCCAUUCCAGGAAAAGGAAAAAGGGAAAAAAGGAAGGCAAACACGGAAAACUGAUCUCUCUCUUUCUCUCUCUCUCUCUCUCUCUCUCUCUCUCUCUCUCUCUCUCUCCACCUCGCAGCAGGAGGAAUCGCCAUUCCAAAAGAGAACGGCAAGUUUAGGUCAGCCAGGUUUGGUUCGUCAUGGACUCUUUGGGCAUAGAUGGUGCCAAGUUGGGAGAGGAAAGUCAAGAGAAGAGAAAAGGGGAGGUGGGGAUGAAAGAAAGAACUGAAAAGGGGUUCUGAAUGAAAAUCUCCAGGAUAUUUGAUAUGAUAAGUAUAGUUGUUAUUAAAAAAAGGCACUUUUCCCUUCCUUCCUUCCUUCCUUCCUUCCUUCCUUCCUUCCUUCCUUCCUUCCUUCCUUCAUUUCUUCCUUCUUUCCUCCUUCCCUUCUCUCCCCCUCUUCUUUUCU